AUGCAAACAAUUUCUCCCAAUCCUUUGGGUUCGUUGCUUAAUACUUUCAACAGCCAGAUCGCCUCACCCACACCAACGCCGCCUAUAGUCAGUAUAGGAGUGACUCAGAUGCAAGGUCCGUUAAACUCCCAAAAUGUUGAUUCUGGUAGUGUAGGAAUCGAUGAGGCUUCGACAAAGAUUCUUAAAGAAGUACUAUUCGGUCAUGCUUCGCAAACACCAAGUCAGCAAGAAAACGAAGUGAAUUAUCAAUCUGAAACUUUAAUGGCAUCAGCUGAAAGUGCGGAAGAUGAUGAAGAUGCUUCUCCCGAGGAUGCAUCGGAAGUUGAGGUGAUAGAUUACAACGAUCUAUACAGUCUAGAUUCUAUCAAACCAUCGGUUUCCGCAUCCAUUUCUAAACCUUCACCUACCUCCACAAGCAACUCUGUGUUUACAUACAGUAAUCCUUUCGAAUAUUUAAAAAAUUCAUCGCCCCCCUCCCCUUCUAAUCUUGAUCUGCAGCUUCCGCAUAAGAAAGGAGAAUCUUCGACACCAAAAGACGGAGGUGUGUACAAACCUCAACAACAAAAAGAACCUGAGUUGUCCACAUGGGAUGUAUGUGAAAGUGGAGUAUCAAAAGGUCAAUCAAGUAUUCCAGAUGGCGUUAGACUUCCUAGAGGAAUUAUUUUGUACCAUACCGGAGAGCUAAACGAAAAAAUAUUGAGUCCAAAAGGGUUUCAUUGUGAUUCUAUAGCGCUAGUUAAUAAUGAUCUGGAGCACCGUCCUGGAAAGUCCAUUGCUAUCAACAGGACUUACAUAUGUUAUGCCAUCAGAGGAGGCAAAAUUCGAGUGAUCAGCAGCGAACACGGCAACAAAGUAAUGUUGAAAAAUCAUGAAAAACAAAUACUUGAUAUGUGUAUUCAAGAAACGUCGCAUGACGAGCAUCAAGCGGAAAAACAAUUACUCUUAGCUAUUGGUGCCGAUAGUAAGAUCGUGGUUUGGGAGCUUCUUCCCUCGGAGUCUAAAAACAAUGAGAUUAUAUAUAAAAUAGUCCUUCAAAUUGACGCGAAAGAAAUUCAAGAGGAUUCGAAACAACCGCGCUAUCAUCGAGCUAUUUGGCACCCAUUAAAUCGCAACUUAUUUGCUGUGGCUACCGAUGCAAACGAUGCUUUGAUAUUCGAUAUUAGUGAGAUAUUAGGUGGUAAUGAAACAGGAAGCUUCAAAGAAUCUGAGAUUACUGGAAAUUUUUUAAAAUCAGAAGCGCACGAAAAGCCAAUUAAUGAUUUGGCAUUUUCUCCCGAUGGAUCUAUUUUGGCCAUGGCCAGCGGAGACAGUGUUAUCUUUUAUACCACUGAUUUUAGUACAGCCAUCAACCCUGUGCAUAGAAUCAUUCUUGAUGGGCAACUAGUGUCUUCUGUCAUGUUUGUUGAGGGAGGGUACUUUAAUUCGGAACCAUCUCUAUCUUUAAAGGUUCGGUAUGUGAUUAUUGGCACUGAACGUAACACAAUCCUUAAUCUUUAUGACAUCGAAUCUGCCGAAUAUAUACAAUCGAUUAAGUUUCUUCCACCCCCCGAACGUCGUCCGUCAUUGAAUAAGGCCUCCCGAAAAGAGGAAUCCAUGUUCAAUUGUGUUGGCUUUAAUCAGAGUACUCGUACUUUGAUCGUAUCCAAUAGCGCUCGAAAUUCAAUCUUUGCUUUUCAUAUAAAUAUACCCAGUAGAAAUUUUGACCUCACAGCCGGUGGAAAUAUGGAAUAUGGGUCAACAUCUGAUGAUUACUCCAUUGCAAAUUCUGUGCAGUUUGAUUACAUGGUUGAGCUUCCUAUUAAUCAUUUAAUUAGAAGCUUCGUUGUGAUGCCUGACACUAAUACUUCCGGCGGAAUUUUGUUGUACUGCAUCCAUCCUAAAGAAGUGCAUUAUUACACUAUCUUCAAAGAUACAUUAUUACCUCAGAACGUUGAUGCAUGUCCGGAAUACGCAUGUGAUCUAGAUCGUCAGCAGCAAGAAGUUAAAGAUGAUAUCAAGAAGGAAGUAAAUACAAAUGAUUUUCCAGAGGCACAGGAAAUUAUUUCUCAGAUGGUAAAUUCAAGUCACUCUUCUGUUGAGGAAGCUAUCUUCGAAAAGGACAUUGUCAAGGAAUCAUUGGUUACGGAGUCCUCCACUACCGAGGGAUUAGUUUCCGAAACAAAUGCCGCAAAUCCGGACUUAGAUGAAGCGAUUUUAACAGAAAAGGGAAAUGUUAUGUUUGGCAAUAUUCAAGAUUCUGCUUUAAUUGUUGAAGAAAACGCAAAUAAGAACUCGGAGAAUCAAAAAUUGCAAAAGAGUAAGUCAGCUGGCCAAGUAAACGGUACGAAAUCUAAGACUAGAAAGGCGAACGCGGUGACGAAUACUUCUGCUGCUCUAACUGUCGACGCGUUGUCUGACUCGGAGAAGACUAAUAAUAAUAAGAAGACACGUCGGGGGGAGAAGGAUAAUGAGAACUUGGUUCACUCGCCCGAGACGUCGAACAAAUCUGCCGGCAAAAAAUUCGCCGAAGGUGGUGCAAAAAAUAACGGAAAGUCGGGUGUGGGUGGAGCUAAGAAAGUAAAUGAGGCAUCCCAGGUAUCUGGAGGAAAACCCUAUCCAGUACCAGACGUGCCAAUUGUCGGCUCCCCUUCUUCUUCCGGGAUAUCCUCUGCUCAAAUGCAAAUGAUAAUGAAAGAAAUAAAAAAAAUGGAAGAUAUUCAAAAAAUAGAAGAAGAGCGCAUAGCUCACCAAGCUGCUGAAACUUCGCGCCAGGAAACGAUUCUUAAAAUGGUAUCUCAAACGCUUAGCACAAACACCUCCAAGUUGUUGGAAUCGACGAUCCGCAACGAAAUUCAGAUUUCUGUUCUACCUACGUUAAGCAAGAUGGUAACCAAUGCUGUUGAUAAACAUGCACAUAGAGGGAUAACCGAUGCAGUAAAUAAGAGUAUACCGGCAGCAAUCGAAAAAUCUGUUGCUGAUAAUGUACAACGUGUUCUUGCAAAAACUCCUGUGAUCGAUUCCAUUGCGAAAGCGGUAUCCAAAGCCAUUAGACCGGUCAUAGAAGAAACUUUUAGGGAUAAUUUUACGACCGUCCUUAUUCCCUCCUAUCAAAAGGCUACUAACGCGAUGUUUGAGCAAAUCACGGCUACCUUUGAGGCCGGAAUGCAGGAUAUUGCUGUCAAAAGUGCACAAGCUUCUUCGUAUAAUAACACAGCGAACGUCGAUAAGAAUGCCUUAGCACGCUUGCAAGUAUCCGUUGAAAAUCUUACACAACAAUUAAAUCAGUUGCAGGGUAACUUGACAGGGCAUGGAGGACAUCAGAAUCAAUUAGCUCGAUCUCUUUCUGAUGAAUUGAAACGCAUUUUAAAUCCUCAAAAUUCGAAUACAAGCCAACAACCUUCUGUCUCUCAACAGGAACCGUACAUUUACGGAAGGGCGUCAUCUUCGCAGCAGCCACAGCAACAACACCAGUCGCAGUUGUUUUCCCCUGCUGACCCUCCGAAUCUUGUAGAAUAUGAUAGAUCUCUAGAGGCUGGAAACUACGAAGAUGCGUUUGUGGCUGUUCUCUCCACACACGAGAUAGUGCAUAUUUUACGUCUUUGUCACAAGCUCAGUCCGAAAACUGUUUUCCUCCCCGCAAGAUCUUUGGUGACUCAGCCUGUCAUUCUUUCACUUAUUCAUCACCUAUCUUUCGAUCUUCAUAAGUAUUCUGAAUUAAAGCUUUCAUGGAUAGAAGAGGCUGUUUUAAAGCUUAAUCCGAAGGACAGUACUAUUAGAGAGCACUGCGAAAGGCUCUUGCCAAUGGUGAGACAACGUCUUGAGCAGUAUUAUUGUCAGGUUCUCACGCAAGACCCUUCAAGUCCCA